AUGAACACGUCCUCCCACGACUGGCACCUUCCUCUCUCAGACCUUCAGCCUGCCCCCAGGGACCUUGCUCUCCAAGCCCGCGAGCGAUCAUGCCGGCGGCUGCUAGUGGCCAUGGCCGUGAUAGCGGCGUUUGCCCGCCUCGUCGGGGACGUUGCAUGCUGGUUUCUUGAGGAGGAGGAUGAGCUCGACGAGGAGGCUCCGAGCCAGAUGCCGAGACAGCCAAGGCGUCAGCGAUCGUCGGCAAAGCUCUGCGGCUUCGACAAGAUGAAGAUGCUGCGGCCAUACUUCGGGCAGACCUUCAAGGUGGCAAGAGUCGGCAUCAAGUAG